ACAGAGACCCUUGUCGUACGCGUUCAUCAACCCGCGGAACUUCAAUAUCGCGACUUCAACAACGGCAACGACCCACCCUAUACCAAUAACCUCAUUACGCCAGUAGCCUAAACGGGAAAGAAUGGCGAUCAAGGAUUGGGGCCUCUUAUCCCAGGCGGACGAAGAUGCGCUUCAUAAUGUAUCCCGCCUACUAGCUGUCGAAGCUCGUCCGUACACAAACACCGCCGGUCGCAUACUCAAGCCAGACUUCUUCGAGGAUGCGCGCCCCAGACAACUCCCCUCUCCGCCCCCAGAUGCCUCUGCCGCAGAGGAGGAAGCAGCAGCAGCCACUGUCGAGCGCGAGCAACAAGCACACAAUAUCGAGAUAUGGCGGAAAGACAUCAUGAAUGAGCUGUCGCUACUAGACUUUGCGAUACUGCGAUCUGAGUUCACUACGAAUAGCAAUCACACUGAGCGCGAGCGUUACGCUGUUGAGAAGACGGCCAUCGAGGCAAAGCAAGAGCACGUGCGCAAGACGAUAGAAGAUCUGCGCAUCAGACUAGUCGAGGCGAAAGAGACGCUCGCCGUACGUAAGACGUAUGACGAGCUCACAGAGAAGAUCACCAGCAGUAAGAUGCUGAAGCCGCGGGACGAGCAAGCACAUGCCCACGAGAAGCUGGACCAGGAGAUAGAAGAACUCAGAAACGAAGUGCAAUCGGCGAAGAAUACAUGGAGUGAGCGCCGCACGCAAUUCGGACGGAUCGAGGAAGAGGCACGCGGCAUGUUACGCAUGAUCAAGGACGAGAAAGAGGAAGCUGAGCGCAAGGAGGGCAUGAUGAAGGAUGGAGACGAGGAUGGUGAGGGCGAGGGCAGCACUUCCAGAGGAGAUGUCAGCCAUGCUGGCACCCCGAGGCCGGACGGUGGUAUGACUCCAGGGCAUGCCAGUCAGAGUGGAGAAGGUUCGUCUCUGAGGGUACCACCACAGGAUCGCUUGAAGCCUCUAUCGCGGGACGUCAGCGCUGCGCCAUCGCCUACCAGAUCUGGUGCUGCGGAUGAUACGGAAAUGGCAGAUAUGGGGGCGAACUCAGGAGAUGGAAAUGAUGGUGACUCCUCCGGUCUUGAAGAGGGCGAAGACCUUGAAGAUGGAGAGGAAGAUGGCGAAGAUCGCUCAGAGAUCAAGAUGGACGAGUCGUGAUUGUGCUUGGACAGCAGUCUGCUUGAUGAUUUGAUUGCAUAGCGCGGUGUUCAGGGUAUCAUUCCAUCUUCUUUACAGCGGUGCCAUGUCCAACUGCAGUAUCAACUAUCUAUCUCUCCAGUGGUCAUGAGUCUAAGCGGCCUCACGCAUGGCUGCCUUGCCCUUUUCAACAGCCUCUUUCGCCUUGGUGACUUCCUCUGGUGAUGCCUGGCCGCCGCCUUCCUUGUUGUUCUCCUACAAGUUAUCAGUACUAGGUACUCAGCUCAACUAUAUCGUCAACUUACCAGCUCCUCCUCCAGCUUCUCCACUGCCUGCUCGAUCUUGAUCUUCAUGCCAGGCAGAACAUUCUUAGUUUCUUGGAGGGCUUGACGCUGUGUUAUUGUUAGACCCGGCGUGCCAGAUAUCCUUCUUGGUGGCCACGCAUACCUCUUGCCUCAAAGUGUACUCAGCAUUAUCGUCGCCCUCACUGGUCUCGGCCUUCUUGAUGCGCGC